CAAGUCCAGGCGAGGAGGGAGGAGUUUUGAAUGUUCAGUUUGUACUAUGUAUCGAUGUUUGCUGGCAUCGCCUCACCCUGCCUGCUCCUUGCGUGAUAUAGCCUACUGUACCAUUACCCAAACGUUUUACGCUCUUCCUUCCAUAUAUGCUAUUUAAUACAGGGUGCUCUCAGAACCUUCUCAGAACCUGACUGGCAUCUAUCUGACGGACGUCGUCCUAUGGCUUUGGUGGACCGAAACGGAAAGAAAAGGAGAAGACAAUCCGCCCUAUAUGAUCUAGGAACCGUGAAAGAAGAAGAAUUGCUUUGACACCUGCAUUGCCCAGGCAACGUUUUCUGACUCUGGAUUUUAUAGUAAGAGGAAAGAAGUAGCCUACUCUGAGAGCAAAAUAGAGUCGCUCGCUCUGCAUGGACUAGUUUAUUAGACUGCAUACUGAUUUCACCUGGACAGAGUGAGCUACGAGUUAAAAAAUGCCAAGGAGGAAACAGCAGGCGCCGAAAAGGGCUACGGUAUACGAGCCUGAUGAACAUGGCGUCAUGCGAGAGACCAUCCCUGAGGAUAACAGAGAGAACGACACUCCAACUGAAGAGAAGACGAGUCCCAAGGCCUCAGAGGACAAAGAGAUGGACAACAAAAGCAGCUACAGCUACCAGGACUCCCCCGUCAGUGUCCUUUCCCAUCAAGAAGCCGAGUUGGAGUCGCGUCUUAGCGACGCCAGCGAUAGACUCUCACUCUCAGACUUCAAAAGUUCCUCACCACCUGAAAGCCAGAAGGACGAGGGGAGCAGCGGUUCGAAAUACAAGGAUGACAUGCACAGCAGCCUGGAGAAAAUGAGGGCCGCCUAUGCUAACUUCCUCUCAGAUUCCUACUGCACAGGGAUCGGAAUGGACUUGAAAAUUAGCAAAACUCCCAGCAAGGCUAACUGUGACAGCACCAAUGUUAGCACCAAGAGUGAAUUUGACUGGCAUCAGGAUGCACUAUCCAAAACCUUCCAGCAAACACACUCCCCAAAGCCUGUGUCCAAACCCAACCUCUUCAGCUCGGUCCACCUCUACAGACAAAGCAGCAAAGCAGGUGGGACAGUGUUUACAGGGGCCAGCCGUUUCAAGUGUAAGGACUGCAGUGCAGCCUAUGACAGUAUUGUGGAUUUGACAGUGCACAUGAACAAGAGUGGACAUUACCAGGACAACAAUCAUGGCAAACCAAGCAAUGCCUCCACAUCCUCUUCCAAAUCAAGGAAACGAAAUUUGCAAGACAUGGAAGGGAAAGAGGAUGCACAAAAAGUUCUGAAGUGUAUGUUCUGUGGCCAUUCUUUUGAGUCCCUCCAGGACUUGAGUGUCCAUAUGAUAAAAACUAAGCAUUACCAAAAAGUACCUUUGAAAGAACCUAUUCCAGUACUCUCACCGAAAUUACUGCCACCAGCAAAGAAACGGACCUAUGAGGCCAACAGACCUUGUUCUCCUGAUUCUACCACAGGGUUAGCUGGCUACAGCGAGGCCCAACGGUCCGCUGCUAUUUCAAAUGCUAACAGUAAUCGCUAUGGUUAUCAGAAUGGGGCUAGCUACACUUGGCAGUUUGAGACAUGCAAAUCUCAGAUUCUAAAAUGCAUGGAGUGUGGAAGCUCACACGAUACCCUGCAACAACUCACCACUCAUAUGAUGGUCACUGGACAUUUCAUGAAAGUUACAAACUCAGCCUCUAAGAAAGGGAAACAGUUAGCUCUGGAUCCCUUGGUUAUAGAAAAGAUGCAGGUAUUAGCUGAGCCGCUUGCUAACGAAACUGAUGGCGAUAAAGUGUCUCCAAAAACAUAUUCCCCAAGGGUCAGUGAGAAAGAUAGCCAGAGGGAUGACACAUUGGACAAAAUGGAAGAAAGUGAAGUGAAAGAUGACAAGGCAGACAGUGAGGAUCAAAAGGCAGGGAACAGGGUGAUUAAAUAUCGCUAUCUUCGUGAGGAGGAUCUGGAGCAGCAGGGAUUGUCAGGUGGAGGAGGGGAUAUCCUCAAGUCUUUAGCCAACACAGUGGCCUCUGCAAUCAACAAGGCUCAGACUGGGACCCCCAGCUGGAGUGCCUACCCCAGUAUCCACGCUUCCUAUCAACUCUCUGGGAUCAUCAAGAGCAGCACUCAUCUCUCAGCGUCUCCCCCCAUUCAGAUAAAGCACACGUUCAACCACAAGCUGAGACCGAUCGCCCCAAAGGGGAAGUUUCUUCAGGGUGCUGGGGGAGUUGACACUCCACAGCAACCGUAUCGAAAAGCGGACACCAAGAAAGAAAAGAUUGGCAUUAGCGAUGGUAAAGAACGUCUGAAUAUUAAGUUUGAUCUGGUGGAGAAUAAUGACAGCGAUUGUCAGGACGAUUCCUCUACCUCUUCAAAGCUCAAUGCAGACUGUCUGAAUGAAGGGAGUGAUGUGAUCAGAGGGAAGUUGAGCCCAGAUUUCUCAGACAGAGGCAAGACACCAAGCCCUCCUGCCACCGGUGGAAGAAGCACUACUUCAGAGCUUGUCAAUGACACCCCGGAAAUACUCGGCAUAAACCCUCUAAGUGCACUGCAGUCAGUUCUGAACAGCCAUUUGGGUAAAGCAAAUAAGCCCACCAAUUCAAGAUCUGAAAAUAGUAAACCAUCUGCUCGCUCUCAAUCUAUAUUAGCUGAACUCAACCAGAGUAUGGAGAAACCAGCAGUGGUGCAUGCUACCCCUGCUAGGAACAGCGCUAACAUUGCCUUCCUGUUUGCUAGCAAUGAUCAGCCAAUAGACCUGACAAAAUAUAAACCUAACAAGCCAAGUUCCUCCCAUCUACAAACCUUUGCCCCAAUGCCACAGAAACACGCUCUGUCUGACAUUGCUGACAUGGUUAAGGUUCUUCCUAAAGCCACCACACCAAAAGCCUCUAUGCCAUCAAGGAUACCCACCAUGAAACUGGAAUCAGACGUGAGACGCUCUGAGGACGUGUCGGCUGAGGUAUACUCGGUUCACAAGCGCAAGGGAAGGCAUUCGAACUGGAACCCCCGACAUCUUAUCAUCCUCCAAGCCCAGUUCGUCUCCAGCCUCUUUCUGACUUCUGAGGGCAAGUACUUACUCUCAGAUCUUGGUCCUCAAGAACGAAUGCACAUCUCUAAGUUUACUGGACUGUCCAUGACAACCAUCAGCCACUGGUUGGCCAAUGUGAAAUACCAACUUAGGAAAACAGGGGGGACCAAGUUUCUGAAGAGCAUGGACACUGGCCAUCCAAUCUUCUACUGCAAUGACUGUGCUUCCCAGUUCAGGACACCACCAGCAUUCAUCUCUCACCUGGAAUCACACCUAGGGUUCCAAAUCAAAGAUAUGCGCAAAUUGCCUAUUGAGCAUCAGACGAAGGUAGAGGAGCCAGAACUGUCAAAGGCUCUCAGUGUCCGUGCGACAGAGACGCUAGUCACAGAGGAGGAUGUUGACACUAAGUUCAAAUGUAAGCUGUGUUGUAGGACAUUUGCUAGUAACCAUGCAGUUAAACUCCACUUGAGUAAAACUCACAGCAAAUCACCUGAUAACCAUUCACAAUAUGUGGAAAUGGAUAAAGAGUAGGAUUUGUUCAUUUUUGCUAUCUUUUUUGUUGUUGUUCAUUUUUGAAACAUUGGUUAGAUAUUUCAGCCAUGUUUCCAGUAGCAUUGUGUAUUAUGAAUAAAGACAUUGAAAACAUUUGAUUGAAUAUGACAUGGACACACUGGCUAGACUAAAUCCUAAAAUGUUAAAGAAUACACCAACUUAUACCUUUGCACCCUUCUCAAAUGCAUCACCAGUAAUGAAAUGUAUUACUGCUUGAAAUAUAAUUGCUAACGUUUGCAUGCAAUAGCUCUGGCUAUGACUACUAUUUAUUUGUAUAAUAUGUCAAGUUUCAAUUGUAUUAUUACAAAGACAAUGUAAUGGAUAAAUUGUAAUGUUCAUCUCCAAUGCUACACCUUUGUAAAAUAUGCAGCUGUUUUAAACAGGUAGCCAGACACAUGUUAACACAUUUAUUGCACUGUACAUUGAACUGUACAGUGAAUUGCUAUGUAAAAAUGUUUUGUGUUUCAUUGAUAGAACAGAAAAGCACUUUAAUAAAUGUUAAAUCACCAGUUUAGACUCAGAUUAUGUACAUGAACCCAACAAAUAUAGACAGGUUGGAAACAAGGAAAAAUCUAAUAUAAAUGUGUUUCAUUUUAAAAGGAUGACAUUGACAAAUGAUACCUGCACCUUCUUUUUUUUUACCAAUUGAAAUAAAGAAUUAACAUUUGA